UAUUGCAGUUGCGUUUAUUAUAUGUGGCACGUUUGGAAAAAUCAGCCACCUCAUCCGUUUGUGUUAAAAUUUUAGAUACUAUAUUUUCAUAAGGCGUCAACAUGAAGAUUGUUGUAUUCAUUUCAAUAUGUACAUUGAUAACUUGCACAAAUUGUGUUAUGUUCCACCUAUCGCCAAAUACCCAGAAAUGUUUACAAGAAGACAUGCAGGCUAAUCAACUCAUUAUGGGUGAAUAUGAGGUUUCUGAUGUACCUGGUCAAGUUAUGGAUUAUAUUGCCAGAGACUCGAAAGGACAUAUCUUGUCGCAAAAAGAACAUAUUACCAAAGGGAAAUUUAGUUUCAUGUCUGAAAUCUAUGAUACUUACGAAAUUUGCUUCAUAUCAAAAGUACCUACACAUCAACGAGGCGUAGUCCAAGAGGUUUCACUAACCACAAAGAAAGGGGUGGAAACUAAAAAUUACGAAGGUAUUGCCGAAGCGUCCAAGAUUAAACCUCUUGAGGUAGAUCUGAAGCGUUUAGAAGAUUUAUCAGAUUCCAUUGUUCGAGAUUUUGCUCUAAUGCGAAAGAGAGAGGAAGAAAUGAGGGACACUAAUGAAAAAACCAACAGCAGAGUUCUGUUUUUCAGUAUAUUUAGUAUGUGUUGUCUCUUAGGCUUAGCAACUUGGCAGGUUCUUUAUCUCCGAAGAUAUUUUAAGGCCAAGAAACUUAUAGAAUAAAUGUCCUUUAUCUUACGAAAUAUAGUCUACGUCCAUAGAAUAUGAUAUAUGUUUGCACAUCUAAUUCGAUCAAAUGAAUACAAAAUACAUAAUGAACUUUGCAUUGAACCCAUAGCUAAAAAUGUCUGGAAGCUAUCUCCUUAGUUAAUGGUUGAUUUGUUUUGAGAUACAGGACCAUCAUUACCCCAUAUAUGAACACGUGCAUCUUUCUUUUUUUGAUUCUCUAUGCAUUGAACGACAAUUUUGUGCAGUUAGGAAAAUAAUUGCUUGCAGAUAACUUGAAGCUUCUGCGACUGUUUGAUUCUUUGGACGAACUAUGAAAAGAUGUGUUGUUUUUGUAGCUGUGUGUUGUACACUGAUGUGGCAGCCCUUGCCGAUAAAGGAACACAUCGGGUCAAUCCGGUGCAUACAACCCCUUGCAAUGGGAUUGAUGUCCAAGCGUCUCGGUCUUCUAUACCUUUACUCCAAUUUCUGACUCCUAGUUUCGGGACAUUUUUACCCUUUUGUUUUUCCAUCAUCAUCUGAUUGAACCUCCUUUCUUCUUCAUUCUUACAACAUGCCGGUGUGAACAUGGUUUCGCCAAAAACAGUUUUCCCUUUUCACCAAAUUAAUAUUUAGGUGACCGCCAAUUCACACGAAAUAUUUUUUUCAAAGACAGUUCGAAAAAUUAAAACAUGUUUUGUUUGCAAAUUCAUACAAUUUGCAGAAGCAAAGGUAAACAAAGAUAGAAAGAAAAAGGAAACCUUGAACUUGUAAUUUGUCUUAAAAUUUUUUGUAAAAUUUAAAAAUCAACCCCAACAUUUUUGACAAGUAAAAAACUAAAUUCAAAUUGUAGAUGUUUAUUUUAAAUCUCAGUUUAUAGCGCACUGAAGUGAUGUUUUAACCCAAAAACUUAUGUCACAAAUAAAAAAACAACCCAAAAGUGGUUAUUCAA